AUGUCCUCCGAGUAUUCAUUGGUUACUAUUCCCGAUGUCACGCUAGAUAAAAUAUUGGAAUAUUGUCAUUUUCGAGCUAUAAUUCUCCUCCGCAAAGUGUGCCACCGUAUCCGAAACUAUAUAGACCAGACAGUUCCUGAUAUCCAUUUGACAAGUCUUGAGACCAGUGUUUACAAUAAAGAAUGUAUCAUAAAUUACGGAAGUUAUGGAAAAGUUCGCUACAAAGAUCAUGAAAAAGGAUGCGAGGUUGAAUUGGAGCAUGAAGGAGAGCCAAUGCUGGUGGAAAAUGGGAAUUUCCUGGAUAUAUUCCUAAGCGACUUGAAAUUCGCUUUGUCUCAUCAAAAGUCAACACUAAACCUGUUUAAUUUUGUUGAAGGGAUUGAAAUAGAAUUUGAUAUGAUUCAAUUUCUAGAACGAUUGUCUCAAAUCUUGAAGAAAAAGCCAAAUGGACUACCAACCCAAGAAUUUCACAUGAAGGCUCGAAACCAAGAGGAGAUAAUGACAAUUCUACCGUACUUGAAACCAAAAUUGUUGGAUACAAUUUGGUUAUUCGAUGCAUUACACUUGGAUCCUGUAGAAACUCAAAAAUCGUUCAACUGA